AUGCACACCACGGCCCUCCUCACCGCCCUCGCCGGCGUCACCCUAUCCCUCGCCAACCCAGCUCCCCACCCGGCAGCCAUCACACCCGCCCCCAUCCUCCACCCAGCUGCGCCCCGUUUCAUCCACCCCCGCAACCCCAGCUGGCUAGACGACAACGACAACGACAACGACGACGACGACGGCGAUAACGACAACGACAACAGCGACGACAACAACAGCUACAUCCCGGCCACCGUCUCCAAAGUCAUCGAAUGCGCCACCAAAUACGCCUCCCUGGCCGACACCGCCCCUCGCGAAACCAACAUCGACCUCGCCCGCUGGUACCUCAGCGACGCCAUCACCUUGAACCCAACUUCCCACCAGCACCUCGACGACUCGCUGACCACGCUGUGCGAUCCCAGUCGCACCGCCACCCGCGUCCCGCCGGCGUCGCUCAGCUCGGCUUGGUCGACACACCAGUCGAAGGCGUCGGCGUGGAUCUCGAGCAUUGCGCCGGCGGCGCAUAGUUUGGCGAGCAGUUGUGGAGGGGAAUAUAGUGCGGCGGCCGAGGCGUUGGUGGUCAGUGAUGGGGAGAGUUGUACGAAGGCGGUGCUGGGGUAUGUGGCUGUUUUUAAUGGGGAUGAUGAUGAUGGUGUUAGUACUACGGGGGGGAGUACGGGUGUGACGAGGUCCGGGUCGGGGACUGCGACGGAGACGGGGGGUGGUGCGAGUGAGACUGGUGGUAGCGGAAGUGCGGGGACCGGCAGUGAUGGUGGGAAUGGCGCGAGCGAGACGACGCGUACGUCGACUGGUGGUGUGCCGAGGGAGACUGGGUUUGUGGGUGCUGCGGCUGCUGCGGUGGUUGCUGUUGUCGGUGUUGUGGCGGCGCUUUGA